AGGGAAUCACACCAAUCAGCUGUUUUGGCAUUUGUUGAUAAGCCCAACGGCGUUCCUGAUUUAGUUGAAAAUUUUAGUAAUUGUUACUAUUUAUUCCAUGUAAUGAAAUUAAUUAUUCUGUAAGAAAAGCAUUAUUGGGAUAACGUAGCGAAUAUUUCUACAAACAAUGACGUUUUAAUUCAGUAUAAAUAACUGUUUUGUGUCCGCUAACCUGAGGAAGCAGCCUAUAAAAGUCCGCCGCCGGACAAGUUUUAGUAGGAGGAAUUUUUUGAUAAAUACUCAAAUCAGCUUUUAUUUUUCAGUAUGAAUUUAGAAUUAUUAGAAUCCUUUGGCCAAAACUAUCCGGAGGAAUUUGAUGGUUCACUGGACUGUAUUUCCCUCGCUGUUACUUGUGCUUUCAAUAAAUAUGGUACUUUAUUGGCAGUUGGAUGCAAUGAUGGACGCAUUGUAGUGUGGGAUUUUCUGACUCGCGGUAUUGCCAAAAUCAUAUCGGCUCAUGUGCAUCCGGUGUGUAGUUUAAGUUGGACGCGUAAUGGACAUAAAUUGCUUUCUGCCUCAACGGACAACAAUGUCUGCAUAUGGGAUGUGCUGAGUGGUGAUUGCGACCACAAAUAUCGCUUUCCCUCUCCAGUGCUAAAAGUGCAAUUCGACCCACGCAAUGACAAACGUUUUCUCGUGUGCCCCAUGCGUUAUGCAGCAGUGCUGGUAAAAAUAGGCGAUACCCACAAAUGUCUUCCACUGGAUUCGGAUGGUGAUCUAAACAUUGUUGCUUCGUUUGAUCGUCGUGGCAAGCAUAUCUACACAGGCAAUGCUAAGGGGAAAAUUUUGGUGUUAAAUGCUGAAACAUUAGAAAUUGUGGCAAGUUUUCGUAUUAUCGUAGGCUCAUCGAGUGCGACGGCCGUAAAGAGUAUUGAAUUUGCACGGAGGGGCGACGCUUUUUUAAUAAAUACCUCAGAUCGCGUUAUACGUGUUUAUGAUUCGAAGGAGAUCAUAGCACUGGGGAAAGAUGGUGAACCUGAGCCCGUUCAAAAAUUGCAAGAUUUAGUGAAUAAAACGACAUGGAAAAAAUGUUGCUUUUCUGGCGAUGGCGAAUACAUUUGUGCUGGAAGUGCACGUCAACACGCCCUCUACAUAUGGGAGAAAUCCAUUGGCAAUCUGGUUAAAAUACUGCAUGGUACCAAAGGCGAACUAUUGCUCGACGUUGUGUGGCAUCCGGUGCGUCCGAUUAUAGCCAGCAUAAGUUCGGGUCUUGUUUCAAUUUGGGCACAAAAUCAAGUGGAAAAUUGGUCUGCAUUUGCGCCCGACUUUAAAGAGCUCGACGAGAAUGUUGAGUAUGAAGAGCGUGAAUCCGAAUUCGAUAUCACCGAUGAAGAUAAGUCGGUGGAUUUGAAUGCAGAUGCGAAACAAGAUGAAGAAAUCGAAGUGGAUGUGUUAAGAGUAGAGCCAGUAGCAGCGUUUUGCUCAUCCGAUGAAGAGGGCGAGGAUGAAAAUGCCUUGCAAUUUCUACCGAUGGCACCUGAGGUAGAAGAUCCUGAAGAUGGUUGGGCCAUGCAAGAUGGUGUGGAAGCGUCGUUAUCGAAAGAAGGGGAGACGACGUCACAGGAUUAUGAUGAUGCGGUCGUGACGAAAAAGGGAAAAGUGAAAAAUUAUGAUAUUACAUUGCCAGAUGCACCGGUGGAUGAAACCCAUCCAUUGAUUUCAAGCAAAACAAAUAAAGAUAAGCAACCGGUAGGCGGCAAGAAGACAGCGGGGCGUCCAAAAAAAUAGCAUUAUAGGUUUUAACUAUUUUAAAUUUCCUUACUUAUUUAGUUUCCUAAUAAUGAUUUAAAAAGUACACUUUUACAAAAUUGUUUUUU